AUGCGCCAGUUUCCGCAGUCCGCGAACCGUCCAAAGACCCAGCACGGCGCGACCUCAAAGGCCGCUUCACCUCAACCUAGACUGCGCAGGACGCAUGAGCGUUCUUUCGCUCCAACACGCCGAUUCCUAGCUAUUCGAUGGCUCGAUCGCGCAGUACCACUCGAACCACUCGACGAGGUUGACUCCAGAUCUGACGGUAUUUCCGCGACGCAACCUCUACAUGGCCUGAGCGCAGGCGGAAUUGGCGUCUGGAUGAUGGACCUGGUGGACGCGAUACAAGCAACAAGCGCAGGAGGGAGAGGGGUGGACGAUCCCCCCUUUCAAGGUCCACCACAGCGUCUGAAAGCACGGGCUAGAUUCGGCAAGAGAUGGCGUGUCUACAUCGUCAACCAGCGAAGAGGGACACAAAAACCACAACAGGACUUUGUAGCGGAAAUGGAUCCUUUGAAUAGGUCGCCGCAGUAA